AUAUCUUAUCCAUCCAUAUCCAUAGCAAAAGAUAGAGUAAUCAGAUUCAGAUAUGGAUGGGAUGCAAAUAGCUCUGCCUAUUCUGGGAAUUGUUGCAGCUGCUGCUGUUACCUUCUAUGCAGUCAGUUUUAAUGAGAUUAGAGAGAAAUCGUUUAGUGAUUUUGAAGAAUCUGAAAACGAAAAUGGAGGGUAUAGGCCAUCCUCCAGCUCCCGAGAGAGGCGAGCUAGAAGACAAGCUAGUAAAAAUUCCAAACGCUGACUUGAAUGAAUGAAUCAUCUUUCUUUUGCAAACGUCAGGAAUUGCCUUCCACGGCACUGUCUUUCUAUCUUUGGAUAUGACAAACUGAAACUAAUUCUUCUAAUGAGAUGUAAUUACUAGUCUAUUUAGCUGGGUUGGCUUUCAAUUUGUUUCUUGUUUUUCUUUAAUUAAUUUAUGCUUACAAUAUGUUAAGAGAUAAUAAGCUGACCAUACAAUCGCUUGAGAUUUAGACGUAAGUUUAUUCAACAACUAAUUUUAAAGCGAGAAUCAAUUUCAA